CACGUCCAGAUAUUUUCUUGUUUUAAAGCUUGCGUUUUGCUUGCAGGACUCCGGAGGUUUUUUUUUUUUCUUCCCCCUCCUCAUCGUCUUGUCUUCGGCUCUGAGUGACGCGGUGCUGGUACCGGGAGCUCUACCUCCUCCAUUCCCCGGGAGCGGCGCAGACAAGCGGGUCGAUCCACGCCGAGUCUCCCGGACACCUGCGCCGAGCUCAAAGAUGCCCCCGAUUUCCGAAACUGGAUUUAUUUGGCUGCAACAGGCUGCCCUCGACGGCAUGAAGCAGUGAGGACCGAGCGCCAGAUCGCCACGCAGGACGAGGAUUAUGAUUGACAGCCGGGCGAGCUGAGGAAACCUGUCACUCAUCUUCCUAUCAGUGUGUCAGGAGGCUAUCUCCUUCUCGCCUUCCCCCCUUCUUCCUCCUCCUCCUCACCCUCCACCUCCUCCCUCCCUCAGCCCUAUCCUCGUAUCUCCUCGAUGGGCUGGUAACCCCACGUUUGCGCCAAAAAAGGCCACGAAUAACUGAAGUGAAAGACAGCUGUAAUCUGGACAUGCCUCCACACUUCAGUUGAGCGAGUUUCAGUAAGUGGAAGCCGAAGAGGGAACCCCCCCCUCCCCUCGUCCGUUUUUGUAGAUCUUCAUAAGGAGACGCAGCUCCUCCUGAGGGGCCGAGCCAGGACCAGCCAUGCGUUUCCAGUUGGCAUUGACGCUGCAGGCGCUGUGGACUGGGGUUAUCCAGGCGGCCAUGCAACACUACCCUGCAGCGUGGGGCCACUACGAUGUCUGCAAGUCCCAGGUUUACUCGGACGAAGGCCUGACCUGGGACUACAUGGCCUGUCAACCUGAGGCGGCAGAUAUGACCCAGUACCUGAAGGUUACUCUGGAUCCACCAAACAUCACCUGUGGAGACCCUCCGGAGACGUACUGCGCACUGGAGAACCCUUACAUGUGUAAUAAUGAAUGUGACGCCAGCACCGAGGAGCUCGCCCACCCUCCAGAGCUCAUGUUUGACAUCGAGGGCCGUAAUCCCACCACCUUCUGGCAGUCCACGUCCUGGAAGAAGUACCCGAAGGCCCUGCUGGUCAACGUCACGCUAUCUUGGAACAAGACCAUUGAGCUGACCGACGACAUUGUCCUCACCUUCGAGUCAGGCCGGCCCGAGCAGAUGGUCCUCGAAAAGUCGCUGGAUUACGGACGAACCUGGCAGCCCUACCAGUUCUACGCCACCGACUGCCUGGACGCCUUUACCAUGGAGCCCAAGACCGUGCAGGACCUGACCCAGCACACCUUACUGGACAUCAUCUGCACUGAGGACUACUCGCGGGGUUAUGUGUGGAAGUACGACAAAACGGUGCGCUUUGAGAUCAAGGACCGCUUUGCGCUGUUUGCAGGACCCCGCCUCCACAACAUGGCUUCGCUUUACGGCCAACUGGACACCACCAAGAACCUGAGGGACUUCUUUACCAUCACGGACCUGAGGAUCCGCCUGCUUCGACCCGCUACCGGAGCGACUAUGGUGGACGAGAACAACCUGUCCAGAUACUUCUAUGCUAUUUCUGACAUCAAAGUCCAGGGCAGGUGCAAGUGCAACCUUCACGCCAACAGCUGCGUAUAUGACAAAGAGAAGUUGAGCUGCGAGUGUGAACACAACACCACCGGGCCCGACUGUGGCCGCUGUAAGAAGAACUACCAGGGCCGAGCGUGGAGCGCAGGGUCCUACCUGCCCAUCCCCAAGGGCACGGCUAAUAUCUGUGAGUACGCAAAGACAUAUACAGGGAUUCAGUCAAAUAAUGAACAGGUUUUACACAGUGGUAUGAAAGUGGUGGAGAAAUGGUCCACUGGUGUACGUGACAUUUCUUCCCAGUCAGACAUGAGACGAUGCCAGUGUUCAUAA